AUGGACCCCUCUUCAUCAUAAACAUAUAUAAAGUAACAUGCAUAAGACAAUUCAAAAUCUAAUGAGAAUAAAGAGGGCUCUCAGACUCAAAUCAAAUCUUAAACCAAUUUUAGGAAUGGAUAAGAAAAAAACGACAUCGGAUAAUUUAAGGACAGCGAAUUACAAACCAUAGAGUUCAUUGCAGACAAUAUCAAGUAUCAAUUAGAUCCGAGGUAUAUGUUAUGGUCGACUGAACUCUUAAAACAAGAUAAACCUCAAGAUCAAAAUACUUACAAUUAUCAACAUGAAAAUCAAUCAAUCAAGAAGAAAUCUCAUAAAUUUAUGGACCUGAAGAAACUCUACGAACACAACAAAUCCACUAUUGAAGGGUUAAAUAAAGAACUUAACGAUCUCGAAUUGGCACGUCAAAAGACUGUGCAAAGACUGUAUGAAGUGCGUUAAGAGAAAGAAAGAAUGCGCAAGAUCUUUAAAGUUGAAAGAACCAAAACUGAAAAUUUGAAAGGCUGCAAAGAGAGACUGGAUAAACUAAAAAAAGAAUUGGGUUUUUGA